UAACAGUGGUGGACGACCUAGCUUGGUGUUUAGCAGGAGAAACUCCACGUCCCUGAUCUGCGCCCAUGCCCCCGAGUGUCUGUGUGAGUCUGAUUGUGUGUUCGUGUGCAUGUGCGUGCGUGCGUGUGUGUGUGUGUGUGUGUGUCUCCAGCUCUCACCAGGUUGGGUGCGUUACACUGAGGGCUUCCUGCUGCAUCCAUCUGCCUGAAACUCACAAGCGCCGGACUGUCACUGCACACUGCAGGUUUCUAACGGAGACAGUGAAGCUGGUGGAAACAGCCUCUUGACGUCCCUCCCUCUCAGGACAACAAAGACAGCUCCUCACACACUUAAACACGCGGCAGAGCAGCAGUUUGAACGCUUCCAUCAGACUCAUGACUGUUUGAAGGGACACGGCCCCACCGUGGCCCAUGCACUGUACCCGUUUCCCUCCCUGUCCUCCUUAUCCCUCAAGCUGACGCAAAACCCCAGACACCUCCCCCCCCUCCCCCACCCCCACUCCCACCCGGUCCCCAGUGACUCGCCCCCUCCCGCCAUGGCGUCCGGCACAGAAACCGUGCACUACAUCCACCUUCACAACUCCAGCCAGUCCGUGCUGGAAGCUCUGCGCACGCAGCGGCGCGAGGGCCUCUUCUGCGAUGUGACCGUGCGGAUACACGACGCCUCACUACGUGCCCACGCCUGCGUCCUGGCGGCUGGCAGCCCCUUCUUCCAGGACAAGCUGCUGCUGGGUCACUCUGAAAUCUCUGUGCCACCCCUGGUGCCCGCUGAAACCGUGAAGCAGCUCGUGGAUUUCAUGUACAGCGGCUCGCUGGUGGUGCUGCAGUCACAGGCCCUCUGCAUCCUCACUGCUGCCAGCAUCCUGCAGAUCAAGACGGUCAUUGACGAGUGCACCCAGAUAAUCUCGCAGAGGAAGGCAGCGGCAGGGGCGGCGAGUGCAGCGGCGGCAGCGGCGGCUGCAGCAGCAGCAGCAGGCGGAGGGAUGCUCGGAGGAGUUCUCCCUAAACAAGAGGAGCGGGGUGGGGGCAAAGGGAGAGAGAGUGGCGGCAGUGGAAGCUGUUCCGUUACCGGAGCAGGUGCAGGAGGGGGUUACGCAAACUUCUCCAACUUCAUGGCUGAGUGCGGGGCUAGUAACAUGGGCGCGGGGUUGGGGGGUGCCAGCGUUAGUGUCAGUGACAGUGGCCAAGGCCCGAUGGAGCAAGCUAACACCGUGAGUCUGAUGGCGCUGGGCGACAUGGGCCCCGGCUCCAUGUGCGGCGACGGGAUGGGCUCGGGGCCCGGCACAAUCCUCAUGAAGCAGAGCUCCAGCUGCACUCAGGACGUCAGGUACAAGCUCCGAGACCUGUUGGCACAGACGGCCAAUGGAGCCAACACUAGUAGCACAGGGAACCUCUCAGCGGGCUGCAGCUCCGGUGUGGGCAGCGUGGACAGCAUCGGCAGGGACAGCCUCCGCGGCAACACAACUGACCUCUCGGACGACCUGGUGGGGAUGGACAGAUACAGCGAGGAGGAGGACUUGGACGGGAGAGAGCGGGGGAGAGAUGGAGACAGAGACAGGGGGGCGAGCCACAGCCGCAAGCAGAGGCAGCCGCUAAGACUCCAGGUGCUGGGAGGAGAGGGAGUGGUGGUGAAAGACGAAGGGGUUCAGGACACAGAUGGGACCGUCUAUGCCUUGGAGGACGGGAGAAGAGACGGACAGCAGGAGGGCUCCCAGGAGUCCAUGGCAGGCUUUGGACAGGAUUUCUAUGAUGAGCAGGGGGUGUUUUCUGAGAGUUUCUGGCCCCAGAGCGAGCCUCCUCGAGCCAUGGCCUUCAACCCCAGAGCAAGGGUCAACAAGCCUCUGACUCCACCCCCAACCACACAGUCCAUCAACAACCAGCUUCUGUUCCAGUACCCAGUGAGCCAGUCGCAGCCGGCGCCGUUCUACGUGGGCGGGCCCAUGGGUGGGAUUGACAGCAUGGCGGGAACGGAGCCCAGUCAGCCGCCUCCUCCUCCGGCGCCGAUGACCCCAGCCCCGCCUCCCUCCACCUCCUCCUGCUCGGCAGGCCCCUCCCCUUCCUCCCAGGGAUCUGAGACCUCGUUUGACUGCACGCACUGUGGCAAAUCUUUACGUUCCAGGAAGAACUACAGCAAGCACAUGUUCAUCCACUCUGGUCAGAAACCUCAUCAGUGCUCCAUCUGCUGGCGCUCCUUCUCCCUGCGCGACUACCUCCUCAAACACAUGGUGGUGCACACCGGCGUCAGGGCCUUCCAGUGCUCCAUGUGCGGCAAGCGCUUCACCCAGAAAAGCUCGCUCAACGUGCACAUGCGCACCCACCGUGCCGAGCGCACCUUCCAGUGCAACGUGUGCCACCGGGCCUUCACCCACCGCACCUUGCUGGAGCGCCACGCCCUGCAGCACGCCCACCACAACCCCCAGGCCCAGGGCCAGGGGCGUGGAGCCGACAUGACCUCACCUACCAAGCACAGUCCUCCGGCUCUGGGAGGGCCCUCAGGUAUGGCUGGCGCGGCUGGCAUGGUCGGCAGCAUGGCCAACAUGCCCAGCCACGGAGCUUCCUCCACCUAGAGAGAGGGAAGGGGAGACGUGGGGGGCGGGGGGGGGAGGUUAGUGAGCCCAUUCCUUAUUUGGUCCUAACAGCCUUGUUGAUCUUUGUUCUGGUGGGAACCGCGCUUACAGGUUGCCAUUGUUUUAGCUUAACGCCACCUUCAAUCAGGGUUCCUACACAGGCCUGGGAGGCCUUCUGAAGUUUGAAAAUCAUGUACAUUUAUAAGGUGUUUUGGAAUCGCACAAAAAUCCUGCAGAAGUUUGGUUAAAAAAAUGCAGUUCCCUUUCCUUAAACCCCUUAAAUAGUUGUAACCCUAUGGUCAUUUCCUGUGUUGUGACAUUUGUUGCUGUGACAACUAAUCAUAAGCUAUAGACCAACAUUGCUAACAAACACACGCACACGUCGUCGAAGAGCCAUUAAAACUCCAGCCAAAAAAAAAAAAAAUUAAGUUGUUGUUGGUGGAAAGAAGCUGUGGAUUUUUGAAAAAGAGAAUGUGUAGGAACCCUGUUUCAAAGAGAGUCACCAAAGAGGUUAGGAAGACAGAGCGGGUUUGGGAGCGGGUGAGGGUGAGGGUGGGGGGGAGUCGUAGGGUUUCUAGGUGGAGGUCGAGUGGGAUGGGGAUUUGGGUUAUAUGGAGAUGCAAGUUAGGGUAAAAGUAAGGGGACAGGAUGGGUUGGUGGGGAGGAGGUUAGCAAGGUUGGAUUCACCCUCAAUUCAUUUAAUUCAAGUUGAAAAUUGGACCUCGGUUCUGUUCAGUUCUGUUCGGCGUCACAUCUUUAAGAGCAUAAAAUCAAAGGUGUGAACGUAACCGGGAGCCGUUCGAGUCCCGUCGUAGCCAUUUGUUCGGUGAGGAGUGAAAUGUUUACAUAACAGAUUCAUAUUCAAAACUGUGACAGAGAAAAUUAUGGCCUCAGAAAGAAUCGAUCGAUUGGCCAACGGAGCACUUAAAUACGGAUUGUUCGUGUGUGGUCUCUCGUUUUGUUUUGUUUUUGUUGUUGUUGUUGCUGUUGUUUUCCUCGGCUGAACACAGUUGGAGUUUCACUUUGAAAAUUAGAGACAAGGUGACGGUCACUGUAAUGUUCAGGGUCAGUUUUAGGUGGGUGGGAACCCAGGAGACAACCUGAGGCUAAAAAAACAAACAAAGAGAAGAAAAGAGAUUUGAGUAUGAAUCUGUCACACACACACACGCACACACACUCACACUCACCUCAGUCGAAUGUGUGUUGUCUUUCCUCUCACAUUCUUUGUGUGUUUGUGGAUAAAAACACAGCGGUCAGAUUUUCUCAUUCACUCUGAAAGAGAAAAAAUAAAAAACGCUGUUUACCUCUUUGAUGUAUUAAAAAAAAAAAAAAAUCAAGGUAGAAAAAAAAAAAUGCUCUUCCUGAAUUAACUGAAUUGAAUGUGAAUGGAGCCCGGUGCUAUUCAGGAGCAGCCCGGGGUAACAAAGAUGGUUGUUGAUGAAUGAUUCGAUGGAGAAGGAGAGUAGUCCGAGCAGCGUGAGACUACAACGUGGAGGGGAGGGAGGGAGAGAGGCGGGGGAGGAGGAGGAGGAGGAGGAGGAGGCGGCAUGACGCACAGCAGCGUGAAUGAAAUUCACCAUCAUCCAUCAGACAGCUUUGUAACAUUUUCCACAGGCGCCACCGGUCGGCCCCAGGAUCAUAUACCUCGAACCAGGACGAGCCCCCGACGGCUCGGAGGGACACUAUUUUCUCAUUUGAAAUGUUUUUCUCAAACAUUUCGGCAUGUUUUACACUCACACACACACACACACACACACGCCUACAAUUACCUCGGUGGUCCAAAGACAGGCAUUAUGCUUCACAUCUUUUAAGCUACAUCAAACGAAGAAACAGUGAAAACUAAAGCUAAGAUAGAUCCGUUUACGUUUUGAAAGCUUACUAAAGUACUUCUAUGUAAAAUUCCUGUACAUCGCUAUAACGCUCAGUUUAUUUGUCGCUCAUGUGAUUCUUUGAUGCAGAAAUAAGGCAGAACAUUAAAAAAAAAAAAAUUUAAAGUGAAAGAGCCAUUCACGGGAAGUUAAACUUGGUUGAAUAACUAUGACAAAUCAGUGACUUUUAUCAGGAUUUUUAUUGAGUGUUUGGUUGUGUUUGUCUUUUGGGGCUCUGGUUAAUAAUAAAUGGGAAGUGUUUGUUGCUUAUAAAAAAAAAACAAUAAAAGCUUUUCUUGCAGCACUAUAUUUAAAAAAAAAAACAAAAAAAAACUUUUUAGUAAAACUAAAUUAAUCAUGAAAAUGUACAAUCACCCCUACAAGUUUUGACAAAGUCAAACUCGUGGUAAUGUUAAUUAUCACAUUAAUAUUUAUUAAAAUUUGAUCUCUAUGCACAAUUAAGUUUGCACAUCAUGUUACUUAGACCUAGAUGUUGUUGUCCCCUGAACUAUUUGGCCUAAGAUUGUUUUUGUUUUCCUUUUUCUUUUACACCUGAAAGGUGAUCUUAAAAAGACCUUUUAUGUCCCUGACUUUUGCUCAUUUUCCUUAAUGUUUGUCAGUCGAAGCAUUAUAUGAUAUCCAGUAGUUUACUUAAGCUUUGUAAGAGCCUUCUAAUUGACAUGAUUUCAUAAGUGGACCUCCCUAACAAGUGAGACGUUUUGAGCUUGAGAACUUUGCGAGUGAUGAGAUAAUUUGACAAAUAAAAAAAAUAAAAAACAAAAAAAAUCACUUUAAUUGAGAAUUAUUUGCGUUUAAAGGAGUGAGUCCAGCAAAGACGUAGAUUCAGAUCCUUUCAGUCUGGACUUCACUAUAAAUAUUGACAUGAAAUGUCCCAUUUUAAUGUGGAAAAACUGCUUAUUUACGCGGAGCAGGCCUGGCAGCGUGUUCAUUGGCCUCUGAACAUGGCAGACUAAUUUGCUGACGCAGUGCUUUGUUUCUCCAGCGUUGAGGAUGAGAAGUGAGAGAGUGAGAGAGAAAGCCUGGACUGAAACUCCUCCAGCUCGCUGUUGGUUAUAAGCUAUAUAGAAAUUUUAACGCCAAACCUUUGGUGCUUUUUUUUGGAAAUAUUUACCUCAUUUGCCAGUUGCCAACACCAUGCUGUGGUCUGGGUUUGGUAAAUAAGCAGUGUUGAGCUGUUUCAGAGGUUUGAUCUAUCCUCAGCAGUGGAAGUGGUUUUGGUGCAUUUUGUCUGAGGCGGACCCUUGUACAGUACUGUAAUAUGUGUGCUUUGAAGCCAUGUCAGCGCAUUGUAACGUACUGUGUUUUUGCCUUUUUCGUUUCCUGUUUUUUUGUUUUACUGGGAGGGAAGUUGAUAAUUGUUUUUUCUACAUUAAUAUUUCUUUAACAGAUGUUAAAUAUGUCAGAAGAAAACAGUCAUUUUAUAAAAAAUAAAAAAAAAAUCACUUGUCAUCGUAAAACCGCAUCUUUUAUGUAUAAAAAGACUAAAGGCAUGAUUUUAACUUUUUCUGAGAACUUAGAUGUCGUACUCAAUGAAUUAAUUGAAUUUUAAAAAUGAGUGAUUUCAAAGAUUUCUUUCUCCAAAUAAAAAAUCUUCUAUGGCUCCAGGCCA